CCUGAGGAACAACAGUGUGAGAAACCUUGAGCCAAACUCCAACCAAAUGAUUAAGUUUGACUGUUUAAAUAAGACCACAGUACGCUGCUGCGACUCAGGGGGUCACUCUUCUUCUACUCACAGCAGAGCACGAUUGACAAGGUGCAUGUGUGAUGUCACUGCAAGAGGAAAUGAAGGCCCUUUCUCCUCAGUUCUCAUGCAGACUUGGAGUGCAGACAUGAGUCGUGCGCUUGUAUGUGUGCUGAUGGACGCUUGGAGCCUCGGAAGCAACGGCCAGACGGUGCACCAGCCGACACCGGACGUGCAAACAGUGGAGGGUGAAACUGUGACGCUGGAAUGUAGGUACGACAGAUUGCCGACCAACGACUACAUCUUCUGGUACAAACAAGAAGCAAACGCAGCGCCCGAGUUCAUGCUGAGCCGAUUGAAGCUCGAUCAAGGCAAGACGGAGGAAAAGUACGCAAAGAGGUUUCACUGUAGAGUGAACGCCAGUACCUCGCAAGCUCCUCUGCAUAUCGACAAUGUGAAGCCCAGCGACUCGGGAGUCUUCUACUGCGCCCUGCAGCCGUGUGUUGCUGUGGGCUUCAAGGUUGUCUUCGGUGGCGGAACCAGAGUGAUUGUGGAAAGGAGGAAGGAAUUUAAGCCCUCCUUCUACAAAAUGGAGUCGCGCAAUCUGAGUGCAUGUCUUGCCACCGGCUUCAGCCGACACAACGCCACGGCAAAGGCGGGAAAAGGAUACAUGUUCGAGCAGUCUCGUCCCGUGCUAAUAUCGGACGAUUCGCUUUAUAACCAGGUGGCGCUGCUAUCCCAUAACGACAUGUGCGGGGAAGGUGACAGCGGACCAGGGCGGUGCCCGGAUGCGUUGGGUCCCGACAAGACGGUGAAUCUCCUCUCCCUCGCUGUCCUCGCCCUACGCCUUGUCUUCGUCAAGACGCUCGCCAUCAACGGUGUCAUGACACUGCGUCUGUGCUUUGGCGCGCUGGAGUAGCCAUGCCACCAGCUUCCUCCUGUUUGAAGGAAGCGGUCGCCAUGGCACCUGCAUCACAGAUGACAGCAGCUAUGGUUUCUGUCUCAAAAGCGUACUGGGACAGGAUGUUUGUUGUGGGGAGGAAAUGGAGGUCUGGUUCUUUUGGUUUUACUGUUGUUUAAGAUUGUUGUUGAUUUGUGUUUGAGUGGAAAUACUUUACCAACUGGAGUAUUUCAAUGACAUGAAGCUCUCACAAGGGGCUAUAGUAUAAAAGAGAAAGAUCAACUUACAAUAAAUAUCUUUAUUAAUAACAUUGUUUUUUAGUCUGUAACACAGGGGUGGGCAAUCUUUUUGACUUGCGGGCCGAAUUGGGUUCUACAUUUU